CGCUCCUCCCUCCUCCCUCCCUCCCGCUCCUUCCUUCCGCCCCUCCUCCCUGAAAGAUGCGGAGACCGGGGACGGAGGAGGGGACAGCUCCCUCGCCAAGGCUCGAGCCCAGCUCCCAUCGGCUGGCGAAGCAACCCCUCGAGACGAGACCCGCGGCCCCGCGCCUUUUCCCAGCAUCAGCCAUGCGCUGCCUCGGCGCAGUGGUGGUCGCCCUGGCCCCCGUGGCCAGCGGGCAGCCAGUGCAGACCGUGCGCACCAGCUCCUGGAGCUUCUCCAACCUCCGCGGCCUGGCCUUCGCGCGGUCCUCGUCCUCCAGCAGCGUCUCCUGGGGCCUCGGCGCCGACGGCCAGAUGCACAAGGAGGUGCACCGGCAGGAGGACAAGAUGUACCAGGACAGGUCGGUCCAGAAGGAGAUGCACUCGGAGCUGAACUGCCUCGACGGCCACUGCCACAACCAGGUCCUGCAGGGCUACCAGCCGGCCGGCCCCGGGCGCCUGCAGCGCGUGCUCGACCUCAUGGGCGUCCGGCGCGCGCCGGUGCAGACGGCCACCGUCCUCGUGCUGAGCCCGCCUCCGGCGGUCGCCCUCCGCGGGGCGGGCGCCGAGGACCCCCGCCCGCCGCCCACCCUGCGCCAGGCGCUGCGCCAGGGCAUGGCGAGGCCUAGGACCGGCGCGGUGGACUGUGCGGAGGUGGCCCUCCUCUUUGCAGGCUCCUCGCUCCUCGCGAUCGUCGUCUCCGUCCUCGGAAAGCACCUCGGCCAGCGCAGCCAGGCCCGCGAGCUGGCCGAGCCCCUCGCCGCCAGCGCCGCGCCGGCACCGUCGGUCGCCCCGGCGGCCUCCAAGCCGCAGCGCGCUGGCGCCUGGUUGACCUGCGAGGAGGACGCAGCGCCAAGCCUGUCCUGCGAGGAGCACUCCGACGAAGCAGUCGCGCGGGGCGUCGCGAAGGCCUACCUCUCGCGCGUGUACGCCGAGACCACCAUGCCGACCAAGGCAUACCUCAUGCGCGUCUACGCCAGGGCCCUGGCUUGAGCGCCCGGCCAUCGACAGCGUCCGCGAUCUGGCUGCUCCCAGAGCGCUGGGUGUAGAUGGGAGCAACGGAGGAAUGAGGAGGAGGAGGA